AUGACCACAAGCGCCAACGUAGAUGCGGUGAGAGAUCGUCCAGCCGAAGCCUGCAACUCGACGGACGGCUCCAUUCAGUUAGUCAAUUCACCCAGCGCUCUCCCAUCUACUAUACACCGUCUUCGAAAUUCGGUCCUUGAAGUUCAGCAAGACAAGAUUAAGCGCAUUCCACGUCCUCUCGACUCGGCUUGGAAUCCAUAG